AUGGUUGCCGAUACUGCCUACUACGAUGCGCUUGGUGUGCCACCGACGGCCACCGAACUAGAGAUCAAGAAGGCCUAUCGAAAGUUGGCCAUCGUCACUCAUCCCGAUAAGAACCCCGGAGAUGAAACCGCCCACGAACGAUUCCAAGCUAUCGGCGAGGCCUAUCAGGUUCUGAGCAAUGAAGAUCUACGCAAACGUUACGACAAGUUCGGUAAAGAGGAGUCGGUGCCUGGUGGCGGCUUUGAGGACCCCUCUGAAUUCUUUAGCAUGAUUUUCGGUGGCGAAGCUUUUGUUGAUCUUAUUGGCGAGAUCUCCCUUAUGAAGGAUCUGACCGCGACCAUGGACAUCACAAUGCAAGAAAUGGAGGAGGAAGAACUGGCCCAGUCCGCAGAAGAGAAGCUCAACAUCCACGACGAGGAGGUGAAGGCGGGCAGCGCUGACACUGCCGCCACCUCCGAGGCCCACGAGUCCACCGCUGGACCUACGCCUGCUGCUGCAGCUGCCGGUUCCUCCGAGAAGCCAACCUCCGAUCAAAGCUCCGGCGCUAGUACCCCUCGACGAAACUUCGGCCAACAAGCACUCAUGGACAAAUCUGAAGAAGAAGCUCGCAUGGAGGCAGCUGGUCUGUCUCAAGAAGAAAAGGAUCUUCGUAAGAAAGAGAAAAAGAAGGGCCUCUCCAAGGAACAGCAAGAACGUUUGACAGCCUUCGAGGAGGAGCGCAAAAAGGCCCGCGAGGAUCGUGUUAACACACUGAGCAACAAGCUCAUUGAUCGCCUGAGCGUAUGGACUGAAACUGAUAAGGGCAAGGAUGUCUCCCACGCUUUCGAGGAGAAGAUCCGCCUCGAAGUUGAGAACCUAAAGAUGGAAUCAUUUGGUCUCGAAAUUCUGCACGCAGUUGGUCAAACUUACGUACAAAAGGGAACUUCGUUCCUCAAAUCCCAGAAAUUCCUCGGUAUCUCUGGCUUCUUCUCCCGCUUGAAGGAUAAGGGUACUCUGGCCAAGGAAACCUGGACUACCAUCUCCACCGCUAUUGAUGCGCAAAUGACCAUGGAAGAGAUGGCCAAGAUGGAAGAGCGUGGCGGUGAGGAUUGGACGGAUGAGAAGAAGGCCGAGUACGAGAAGAGGGUCACCGGCAAGAUUCUUGCAGCAGCGUGGCGCGGCAGCAAGUUUGAAAUCCAGAGUGUUCUGCGUGAAGUUUGCGAUCAAAUUCUGAAUGACAAGCGGACUCGACUCGAAAAGCGAGUUGAGCGCGCACAUGCUCUUGUGAUCGCGGGUAACAUUUAUGCCAAGGCUGCACGCGAUCCUGAGGAGGAAGGCGAUUACAUGGCUUUCGAGCAACUCAUGGCCGAGGCCAUGAGCAAGAAGGGCAAGGAGGGCAAGGAAGAAAAGGAUAAGAAGAAGAAGAAGUCCAAACAUGACCACGAUGGCCAUGAUGCAAAGGAGACCGAAGAAGAGGCCACUGCUUAA